CCGGAAGUAUGACGUAACAUUGUUUUGGACGAGCGAGGAGACGACAGGAAAAAUGCAGGAAAGCGUUGAGAAUUGUAAGCUGAUAUUUGAGAAGGAAGGGGUUUACCUCCACACGAAUGCCAAGAGGAGCAACCAAGAAACCACCAUCCCCGGCUUCAUCCGUAUUGUCGAGCGGGGUGGGGUGCCGGCUUUAGAGUGGAGUCCACUGGAGGACGAGGGCCGCUGCGCUCCUGCCGUCCUCUACACCAAAAAGGAUGGUGAAGGAGAGGAGGAUGAUACAAGGUUUGACCCUGGAUAUGAACCCGACUGGGCAAUUAUCAGCACUGUGAAGAAAGAUCGUGAGCCAGUCCCGGUGAAGGAUUCAGGUCAGUGGGCCUUCUCGCUGCCUCUGUCCGAGCUGUACUCUCUUCGUAGGGCCCGCUUCUCCUUAGGUCGAAACUUUCUAGUGCUGACCAGCAGAGGCGGCCACCCGCUCCCGCCCCUUCACUUCCACAGAGGAGGAACCAGGGAGCUGCUCCGAGCUCUCAACCAUUACAUCGUCCUGGACCCAUCUCCGGUCGAUGGACGUCUUUUCCUCGCCUUCCCACAAGACUCCAAUAAUCUCUCUCAGUCCUUCGACAAGCUGCAGCUCUUUGACGAUGGAGGCUCAGACCUUGUCUCGAAGUUUAUCCAUGACCCGUAUGCCACAACAUUCGGUGGCUUCUCCAAAGUCACUAAUUUCUUCAGAGAAGCCCUUCGACCUCCAGAGUCCCCCAUCCACUCACGGGUCUCUCAGGAUCCAAAUCUCCCCCCACAGCCCGAUGAUGAGCCUGGAUUUGAACUCAUCACCUGUGGUAUGGAACUUGGUCCCAGACCAAAAGUAACAAGAGGACGACCUCUGGAUCGGUGGGAGGAGUUUUUGGACUCCGAGGGACGAGUGCAGAAUCCAGAGAAGAUCAAAGAACUCGUGUUCAGAGGGGGCAUCACACCAACACUAAGGAAAGACAUUUGGAAGUUCCUCCUGGGGUUUUAUCCGUGGAACAGCACCAGAAAGGAAAGAGAAGACAUUCUUCGCUUCAAAACGGAUGAGUAUUUCAGGAUGAAGGUGCAGUGGAAGUCGGUCAGCGAGGAGCAGGAGAUGAGGAACACUCUCCUCAGAGGAUACAGGAACCUGAUCGAGAGGGACGUCAACAGGACGGACAGACACAACACGUUCUUCUCCGGGAACGACAACCCGGGGCUGACUCUGCUCCACGACGUGCUGAUGACUUACUGCAUGUACAACUUUGAUCUCGGUUACGUCCAGGGAAUGAGCGACCUCCUUUCUCCCAUCCUGUUCGUCACCCAGAACGAGGUGGAAUCCUUCUGGUGUCUGACGGGCUUCAUGGAGCUGGUGCAUCAGAACUUUGAAGAGUCCCAGGAGGCGAUGAAGACCCAGCUCCUCCAACUCACCAUCCUGCUGAAGGCUCUGGACCCGGAUCUGUGGGACUUCCUGGACUCACAGGACAGCGGCUCGCUCUGCUUCUGUUUCCGCUGGCUGCUCAUCUGGUUUAAAAGAGAGUUUUCCUUUGAAGACAUCCUCAUCUUGUGGGAGGUCCUCUGGAGCCGUCUCCCUUGUGACAACUUCCACCUGGUGAUAGCCUGUUCCAUCCUCCAGUCCCAGCGAGGAGAGCUGAUCGGCUCCGACCACGACCUCAACACUAUUUUAAAGCACAUCAAUGAGUUGACCAUGAAGCUCGACCUGCAGAGUAUUCUGCACGACGCCGAGGCCAUCUACCUACAGCUGGUGCAGUGCAAGGAGCUUCCUCUCAAAGUGCAGCAGGUUCUGGGCCUGUACGUCCCGUCCAGCUCGGAGGAGAGCAGUCCAGACUCCCGGAGCAGCGAGACGCAGCGGCUGCUCAGCCAACCGCAGGCGGGAGCCGCUGCCUCUGACGCGCAUCACGCACCCUGUCCUUAAGACUGUCUCAUCUGAAGUGGUGCUUAUGAAGACACGUGUGGACGACAUUUAAAUAUGAAGUGAAAAGAAGGAAUAAACUGUAUGUGAUAAAGGCUGUUGUUGCUGCUUAUCAACGACAGAGGGCAGUAUUGAGGCUCUUUAAAGCAGUUCCCUCUUGCUCCUGGAGAUUUAAACACUUGUACUUGCAGUGCUGUUUUUUUUGUGUGUAUCCUCGUUUUUCUUGACAGCUUUUCCUUUUUUAUGUGUUCUGAGUGUCUAUGCCAUUCUUUCUCCUCUCCAUUCUAUCUCUGUUGCUGCUAAUUUACAAUUAAUUCACCUCUGUGUCGUUUGUCGCCGUCAUCAUGUCCAGCGCGUUUUAUUUCCUCUCGACUGUAACUGCAAAGGGAAGAAGUUGAAGAUUAACUCAGUGGCAGCAGUUCAUUGGAGCUACGUGAUGCCAUUCCAGCCCUAUGCAAAGUUUUUGCAUGCCUUAUAGUGUUCACACGCUGCGUGGAUAGCUGUUCUUUUAUGCAUUAUAUGAAAAGCAUUUUCAUCCAAGAAUUAUGACCGAAUAAAUGUUUAAAUCUUUACCAAA